AUGGAGGCCAUCAUCAAUCGCAGCAUCAUUAACUUCCUGGAAAGCAAUCAGGUCCUCUCCGGGCGGCAAUUCGGGUUCCGACGCGGCCUGGGCACGACUGAUCUCCUCCUCUCACUUCAGCAUGAGUGGAGUCGGACGUCCAAUGCUGGGGACGUGACCCGAGUCCUUGCUGUCGACGUGGCCGACGCAUUUGACAAAGUGUCGCACCGUGGUGUAGUGCACAAGGCCAAAUGCCUUGGGCUAACUGGCCACCGGCUCUCAUGGUUGAUAAACUACCUAGAGAGCCGCCAGAUCCGGGCCGUAGUUGGUGAAGACUGA